GUCUCUACAGUAUUGACACAACAGUAACAACAUCUCCUGAAUCAGAGUCUGCCUCUGUGAGAACAGAACAAGGUACUUCUGGUGAAAACAUCACUAAGUCGACUGAGACACCCAUCACUAAAACCACGUCUGGCUCUUCUGCUUUCAAUAUUCUGUCCGUCUCGACAUCAAGAAAAGCCGAAACAAGUGACACUUCAAAAACAGACGUUUCUUCAGCUUCAGCGCUCCAGAGCACAGAGGAACCAACAUCAAUGUCAUCUGAAACAUAUCAGACUCUUGCUACAGUGAAGUUGCAGGAAACGUCAGCAGUUCCAGAGGAAAGUUCAAAAUCUCCAAUUACAAGAGAAGAUAAGACAAGUAAACCAACAAGUGAAAUGUCUAGCAGAGACAUUGCAUCUUCUACUGGCUCAUCGUUGUUCAGCACUGAGAAGACAACAAAUCUUCUACCUAAGGAUGACGACAGUGUUCAAACAGGUCAGACAACGACACCUUCACUUUCCACAGUAACAAGCAGAAAAGAAAGUUCUUCUGCCGCUUCUCCAGUAGAUAGAGACUAUACUAGAGGUCAAACCAUUGACAUGUCCACACCAGUCUCGACUGUUGCAGGGUUAUCGUCAUCUGAUAUCGUCAAUGAGACAACACGAUCGCCUGAAGCUAUGACGAUUCAAAUAGGCACAGAACCCGAAACCUCCGGAGAAGGCUCUGCUGCUUUUGCUGACAAGUCAGUUGUGACCAUUGCCACUGCAUUCCCAACAUCUGCUGUCUCUGAUGGUAAACCCAUGAGCCCAUCAACGCUUUCUUCGAUUAUUCCAUCUGUCUCAUCAUCCACAACUCUGCAUGAUGAGUAUGAAGAAAUGAGUACAAGGUUUACAACUGUCGAGUCCAUUGAUGUACUCGGUGAAUCAAGUAUUCAACCUGACGCAGCUUCAAAGCUCAUUGUCACUGAUGAGUCAAUGAAGACAACAGCAGUUUAUACAACAAUAGGCACAAAGUCAGCUUCAGUCUCAGAAUCAUACACAUCUGAAACAAGUGAUGUGUCAAAAACUGCUGUUACGCCAGCCGUCUUACUCCGUAGCACAGCAAAACCAACAUUGGAAUCUACUGAAACAGAACAAACUUUUACCACAUCCCAUUCUCAAGCAAAAUCUGAAACUUCAUUUGACACGUCAAGCUCAGCCAUAACUGAUGGAAGGACCACAAAUCCAUAUACUAGUGGAUACCCUGAAGAAAUGUCCAGCAAACACAUGGAAUCUCCAACAGGUUCCUCGUUAAUCAGUCCAGAGACCACAACAGCAGAACAAAUUGAUAGCUUUUCAACAGAACUAAGAACUCUCCCCUCAGUUUCAUCUCUUACUGAAAAGCCAGAGAAAAGUGUUGGUGCUACUACAGAAGAUAUGGACGGUUCAGGAACUCCGAGUACAGACUUGUUCACAUCAUCUAUAACCGUUAUUGGUGCAUCGUACAGUCUCUACAGUAUUGACACAACAACAGUAACAACAUCUCCUGAAUCAGAGUCUGCCUCUGUGAGAACAGAACAAGGUACUUCUGGUGAAAACGUCACUAAGUCUACUGAGACACCCAUCACUAAAACCACGUCUGGCUCUUCUGCUUUCAAUAUUCUGUCCGUCUCGACAUCAAGAAAAGCCGAAACAAGUGACACUUCAAAAACAGACGUUUCUUCAGCUUCAGCGCUCCAGAGCACAGAGGAACCAACAUCAAUGUCAUCUGAAACAUAUCAGACUCUUGCUACAGUGAAGUUGCAGGAAAUGUCAGCAGUUCCAGAGGAAAGUUCAAAAUCUCCAAUUACAAGAGAAGAUAGGACAAGUAAACCAACAAGUGAAAUGUCUAGCAGAGACAUUGCAUCUUCUACUGGCUCAUCGUUGUUCAGCACUGAGAAGACAACAAAUCUUCUACCUAAGGAUGACGACAGUGUUCAAACAGGUCAGACAACGACACCUUCACUUUCCACAGUAACGGGCAGAACAGAAAGUUCUUCUGCCGCUUCUCCAGUAGAUAGAGACUAUACUAGAGGCCAAACCAUUGACAUGUCCACACCAGUCUCGACUGUUGCAGGGUUAUCGUCAUCUGAUAUCGUCAAUGAGACAACACGAUCGCCUGAAGCUACGACGAUUCAAAUAGGCACAGAACCCGAAAUCUCCGGAGAAGGCUCUGCUGCUUUUGCUGACAAGUCAGCUGUGACCAUUGCCACUGCAUUCCCAACAUCUGCUGUCUCUGAUGGUAAACCCAUGAGCCCAUCAACGCUUUCUUCGAUUAUUCCAUCUGUCUCAUCAUCCACAACUCUGCAUGAUGAGUAUGAAGAAAUAAGUACAAGGUUUACAACUGUCGAGUCCAUUGAUGUACUCAGUGAAUCAAGUAUUCAACCUGACACAGCUUCAAAGCUCAUUGUCACAGAUCCAGAAAGUGCUGGACAAACACAUUCUAAUAUUACUGAUGAGUCAAUGAAGACAACAGCAGUUUAUACAACAAUAGGCACAAAGUCAGCUUCAGUCUCAGAAUCAUACACAUCUCAAACAAGUGAUGUGUCAAAAACUGCUGUCACGCCAGCCGUCUUACUCCGUAGCACAGCAAAACCAACAUUGGAAUCUACUGAAACAGAACAAACUUUUACCACAUCCCAUUCUCAAGCAAAAUCUGAAACUUCAUUUGACACGUCAAGCUCAGCCAUAACUGAUGGAAGGACCACAAAUCCAUAUACUAGUGGAUACCCUGAAGAAAUGUCCAGCAAACACAUGGAAUCUCCAACAGGUUCCUCGUUAAUCAGUCCAGAGACCACAACAGCAGAACAAAUUGAUAGCUUUUCAACAGAACUAAGAACUCUCCCCUCAGUUUCAUCUCUUACUGAAAAGCCAGAGAAAAGUGUUGGUGCUACUACAGAAGAUAUGGACGGUUCAGGAACUCCGAGUACAGACUUGUUCACAUCAUCUAUAACCGUUAUUGGUGCAUCGUACAGUCUCUACAGUAUUGACACAACAACAGUAACAACAUCUCCUGAAUCAGAGUCUGCCUCUGUGAGAACAGAACAAGGUACUUCUGGUGAAAACAUCACUAAGUCUACUGAGACACCCAUCACUAAAACCACGUCUGGCUCUUCUGCUUUCAAUAUUCUGUCCGUCUCGACAUCAAGAAAAGCCGAAACAAGUGACACUUCAAAAACAGACGUUUCUUCAGCUUCAGCGCUCCAGAGCACAGAGGAACCAACAUCAAUGUCAUCUGAAACAUAUCAGACUCUUGCUACAGUGAAGUUGCAGGAAAUGUCAGCAGUUCCAGAGGAAAGUUCAAAAUCUCCAAUUACAAGAGAAGAUAGGACAAGUAAACCAACAAGUGAAAUGUCUAGCAGAGACAUUGAAUCUUCUACUGGCUCAUCGUUGUUCAGCACUGAGAAGACAAGAAAUCUUCUACCUAAGGAUGACGACAGUGUUCAAACAGGUCAGACAACGACACCUUCACUUUCCACAGUAACGGGCAGAACAGAAAGUUCUUCUGCCGCUUCUCCAGUAGAUAGAGACUAUACUAGAGGCCAAACCAUUGACAUGUCCACACCAGUCUCGACUGUUGCAGGGUUAUCGUCAUCUGAUAUCGUCAAUGAGACAACACGAUCGCCUGAAGCUACGACGAUUCAAAUAGGCACAGAACCCGAAAUCUCCGGAGAAGGCUCUGCUGCUUUUGCUGACAAGUCAGUUGUGACCAUUGCCACUGCAUUCCCAACAUCUGCUGUCUCUGAUGGUAAACCCAUGAGCCCAUCAACGCUUUCUUCGAUUAUUCCAUCUGUCUCAUCAUCCACAACUCUGCAUGAUGAGUAUGAAGAAAUAAGUACAAGGUUUACAACUGUCGAGUCCAUUGAUGUACUCAGUGAAUCAAGUAUUCAACCUGACACAGCUUCAAAGCUCAUUGUCACAGAUCCAGAAAGUGCUGGACAAACACAUUCUAAUAUUACUGAUGAGUCAAUGAAGACAACAGCAGUUUAUACAACAAUAGGCACAAAGUCAGCUUCAGUCUCAGAAUCAUACACAUCUGAAACAAGUGAUUUGUCAAAAACUGCUGUUACGCCAGCCGUCUUACUCCGUAGCACAGCAAAACCAACAUUGGAAUCUACUGAAACAGAACAAACUUUUACCACAUCCCAUUCUCAAGCAAAAUCUGAAACUUCAUUUGACACGUCAAGCUCAGCCAUAACUGAUGGAAGGACCACAAAUCCAUAUACUAGUGGAUACCCUGAAGAAAUGUCCAGCAAACACAUGGAAUCUCCAACAGGUUACUCGUUAAUCAGUCCAGAGACCACAACAGCAGAACAAAUUGAUAGCUUUUCAACAGAACUAAGAACUCUCCCCUCAGUUUCAUCUCUUACUGAAAAGCCAGAGAAAAGUGUUGGUGCUACUACAGAAGAUAUGGACGGUUCAGGAACUCCGAGUACAGACUUGUUCACAUCAUCUAUAACCGUUAUUGGUGCAUCGUCCAGUCUCUACAGUAUUGACACAACAACAGUAACAACAUCUCCUGAAUCAGAGUCUGCCUCUGUGAGAACAGAACAAGGUACUUCUGGUGAAAACAUCACUAAGUCUACUGAGACACCCAUCACUAAAACCACGUCUGCCUCUUCUGCUUUCAAUAUUCUGUCCGUCUCGACAUCAAGAAAAGCCGAAACAAGUGACACUUCAAAAACAGACGUUUCUUCAGCUUCAGCGCUCCAGAGCACAGAGGAACCAACAUCAAUGUCAUCUGAAACAUAUCAGACUCUUGCUACAGUGAAGUUGCAGGAAACGUCAGCAGUUCCAGAGGAAAGUUCAAAAUCUCCAAUUACAAGAGAAGAUAGGACAAGUAAACCAACAAGUGAAAUGUCUAGCAGAGACAUUGCAUCUUCUACUGGCUCAUCGUUGUUCAGCACUGAGAAGACAACAAAUCUUCUACCUAAGGAUGACGACAGUGUUCAAACAGGUCAGACAACCACACCUUCACUUUCCACAGUAACGGGCAGAACAGAAAGUUCUUCUGCCGCUUCUCCAGUAGAUAGAGACUAUACUAGAGGCCAAACCAUUGACAUGUCCACACCAGUAUCGACUGUUGCAGGGUUAUCGUCAUCUGAUAUCGUCAAUGAGACAACACGAUCGCCUGAAGCUACGACGAUUCAAAUAGGCACAGAACCCGAAAUCUCCGGAGAAGGCUCUGCUGCUUUUGCUGACAAGUCAGUUGUGACCAUUGCCACUGCAUUCCCAACAUCUGCUGUCUCUGAUGGUAAACCCAUGAGCCCAUCAACGCUUUCUUCGAUUAUUCCAUCUGUCUCAUCAUCCACAACUCUGCAUGAUGAGUAUGAAGAAAUAAGUACAAGGUUUACAACUGUCGAGUCCAUUGAUGUACUCAGUGAAUCAAGUAUUCAACCUGACACAGCUUCAAAGCUCAUUGUCACAGAUCCAGAAAGUGCUGGACAAACACAUUCUAAUAUUACUGAUGAGUCAAUGAAGACAACAGCAGUUUAUACAACAAUAGGCACAAAGUCAGCUUCAGUCUCAGAAUCAUACACAUCUGAAACAAGUGAUUUGUCAAAAACUGCUGUUACGCCAGCCGUCUUACUCCGUAGCACAGCAAAACCAACAUUGGAAUCUACUGAAACAGAACAAACUUUUACCACAUCCCAUUCUCAAGCAAAAUCUGAAACUUCAUUUGACACGUCAAGCUCAGCCAUAACUGAUGGAAGGACCACAAAUCCAUAUACUAGUGGAUACCCUGAAGAAAUGUCCAGCAAACACAUGGAAUCUCCAACAGGUUCCUCGUUAAUCAGUCCAGAGACCACAACAGCAGAACAAAUUGAUAGCUUUUCAACAGAACUAAGAACUCUCCCCUCAGUUUCAUCUCUUACUGAAAAGCCAGAGAAAAGUGUUGGUGCUACUACAGAAGAUAUGGACGGUUCAGGAACUCCGAGUACAGACUUGUUCACAUCAUCUAUAACCGUUAUUGGUGCAUCGUCCAGUCUCUACAGUAUUGACACAACAACAGUAACAACAUCUCCUGAAUCAGAGUCUGCCUCUGUGAGAACAGAACAAGGUACUUCUGGUGAAAACAUCACUAAGUCUACUGAGACACCCAUCACUAAAACCACGUCUGCCUCUUCUGCUUUCAAUAUUCUGUCCGUCUCGACAUCAAGAAAAGCCGAAACAAGUGACACUUCAAAAACAGACGUUUCUUCAGCUUCAGCGCUCCAGAGCACAGAGGAACCAACAUCAAUGUCAUCUGAAACAUAUCAGACUCUUGCUACAGUGAAGUUGCAGGAAACGUCAGCAGUUCCAGAGGAAAGUUCAAAAUCUCCAAUUACAAGAGAAGAUAGGACAAGUAAACCAACAAGUGAAAUGUCUAGCAGAGACAUUGCAUCUUCUACUGGCUCAUCGUUGUUCAGCACUGAGAAGACAACAAAUCUUCUACCUAAGGAUGACGACAGUGUUCAAACAGGUCAGACAACGACACCUUCACUUUCCACAGUAACGGGCAGAACAGAAAGUUCUUCUGCCGCUUCUCCAGUAGAUAGAGACUAUACUAGAGGCCAAACCAUUGACAUGUCCACACCAGUAUCGACUGUUGCAGGGUUAUCGUCAUCUGAUAUCGUCAAUGAGACAACACGAUCGCCUGAAGCUACGACGAUUCAAAUAGGCACAGAACCCGAAAUCUCCGGAGAAGGCUCUGCUGCUUUUGCUGACAAGUCAGUUGUGACCAUUGCCACUGCAUUCCCAACAUCUGCUGUCUCUGAUGGUAAACCCAUGAGCCCAUCAACGCUUUCUUCGAUUAUUCCAUCUGUCUCAUCAUCCACAACUCUGCAUGAUGAGUAUGAAGAAAUAAGUACAAGGUUUACAACUGUCGAGUCCAUUGAUGUACUCAGUGAAUCAAGUAUUCAACCUGACACAGCUUCAAAGCUCAUUGUCACAGAUCCAGAAAGUGCUGGACAAACACAUUCUAAUAUUACUGAUGAGUCAAUGAAGACAACAGCAGUUUAUACAACAAUAGGCACAAAGUCAGCUUCAGUCUCAGAAUCAUACACAUCUGAAACAAGUGAUUUGUCAAAAACUGCUGUUACGCCAGCCGUCUUACUCCGUAGCACAGCAAAACCAACAUUGGAAUCUACUGAAACAGAACAAACUUUUACCACAUCCCAUUCUCAAGCAAAAUCUGAAACUUCAUUUGACACGUCAAGCUCAGCCAUAACUGAUGGAAGGACCACAAAUCCAUAUACUAGUGGAUACCCUGAAGAAAUGUCCAGCAAACACAUGGAAUCUCCAACAGGUUCCUCGUUAAUCAGUCCAGAGACCACAACAGCAGAACAAAUUGAUAGCUUUUCAACAGAACUAAGAACUCUCCCCUCAGUUUCAUCUCUUACUGAAAAGCCAGAGAAAAGUGUUGGUGCUACUACAGAAGAUAUGGACGGUUCAGGAACUCCGAGUACAGACUUGUUCACAUCAUCUAUAACCGUUAUUGGUGCAUCGUCCAGUCUCUACAGUAUUGACACAACAACAGUAACAACAUCUCCUGAAUCAGAGUCUGCCUCUGUGAGAACAGAACAAGGUACUUCUGGUGAAAACAUCACUAAGUCUACUGAGACACCCAUCACUAAAACCACGUCUGCCUCUUCUGCUUUCAAUAUUCUGUCCGUCUCGACAUCAAGAAAAGCCGAAACAAGUGACACUUCAAAAACAGACGUUUCUUCAGCUUCAGCGCUCCAGAGCACAGAGGAACCAACAUCAAUGUCAUCUGAAACAUAUCAGACUCUUGCUACAGUGAAGUUGCAGGAAACGUCAGCAGUUCCAGAGGAAAGUUCAAAAUCUCCAAUUACAAGAGAAGAUAGGACAAGUAAACCAACAAGUGAAAUGUCUAGCAGAGACAUUGCAUCUUCUACUGGCUCAUCGUUGUUCAGCACUGAGAAGACAACAAAUCUUCUACCUAAGGAUGACGACAGUGUUCAAACAGGUCAGACAACGACACCUUCACUUUCCACAGUAACGGGCAGAACAGAAAGUUCUUCUGCCGCUUCUCCAGUAGAUAGAGACUAUACUAGAGGCCAAACCAUUGACAUGUCCACACCAGUAUCGACUGUUGCAGGGUUAUCGUCAUCUGAUAUCGUCAAUGAGACAACACGAUCGCCUGAAGCUAUGACGAUUCAAAUAGGCACAGAACCCGAAACCUCCGGAGAAGGAUCUGCUGCUUUUGCUGACAAGUCAGUUGUGACCAUUGCCACUGCAUUCCCAACAUCUGCUGUCUCUGAUGGUAAACCCAUGAGCCCAUCAACGCUUUCUUCGAUUAUUCCAUCUGUCUCAUCAUCCACAACUCUGCAUGAUGAGUAUGAAGAAAUGAGUACAAGGUUUACAACUGUCGAGUCCAUUGAUGUACUCAGUGAAUCAAGUAUUCAACCUGACGCAGCUUCAAAGCUCAUUGUCACUGAUGAGUCAAUGAAGACAACAGCAGUUUAUACAACAAUAGGCACAAAGUCAGCUUCAGUCUCAGAAUCAUACACAUCUCAAACAAGUGAUGUGUCAAAAACUGCUGUCACGCCAGCCGUCUUACUCCGUAGCACAGCAAAACCAACAUUGGAAUCUACUGAAACAGAACAAACUUUUACCACAUCCCAUUCUCAAGCAAAAUCUGAAACUUCAUUUGACACGUCAAGCUCAGCCAUAACUGAUGGAAGGACCACAAAUCCAUAUACUAGUGGAUACCCUGAAGAAAUGUCCAGCAAACACAUGGAAUCUCCAACAGGUUCCUCGUUAAUCAGUCCAGAGACCACAACAGCAGAACAAAUUGAUAGCUUUUCAACAGAACUAAGAACUCUCCCCUCAGUUUCAUCUCUUACUGAAAAGCCAGAGAAAAGUGUUGGUGCUACUACAGAAGAUAUGGACGGUUCAGGAACUCCGAGUACAGACUUGUUCACAUCAUCUAUAACCGUUAUUGGUGCAUCGUACAGUCUCUACAGUAUUGACACAACAACAGUAACAACAUCUCCUCAAUCAGAGUCUGCCUCUGUGAGAACAGAACAAGGUACUUCUGGUGAAAACAUCACUAAGUCUACUGAGACACCCAUCACUAAAACCACGUCUGGCUCUUCUGCUUUCAAUAUUCUGUCCGUCUCGACAUCAAGAAAAGCCGAAACAAGUGACACUUCAAAAACAGACGUUUCUUCAGCUUCAGCGCUCCAGAGCACAGAGGAACCAACAUCAAUGUCAUCUGAAACAUAUCAGACUCUUGCUACAGUGAAGUUGCAGGAAAUGUCAGCAGUUCCAGAGGAAAGUUCAAAAUCUCCAAUUACAAGAGAAGAUAGGACAAGUAAACCAACAAGUGAAAUGUCUAGCAGAGACAUUGCAUCUUCUACUGGCUCAUCGUUGUUCAGCACUGAGAAGACAACAAAUCUUCUACCUAAGGAUGACGACAGUGUUCAAACAGGUCAGACAACGACACCUUCACUUUCCACAGUAACGGGCAGAACAGAAAGUUCUUCUGCCGCUUCUCCAGUAGAUAGAGACUAUACUAGAGGCCAAACCAUUGACAUGUCCACACCAGUCUCGACUGUUGCAGGGUUAUCGUCAUCUGAUAUCGUCAAUGAGACAACACGAUCGCCUGAAGCUACGACGAUUCAAAUAGGCACAGAACCCGAAAUCUCCGGAGAAGGCUCUGCUGCUUUUGCUGACAAGUCAGUUGUGACCAUUGCCACUGCAUUCCCAACAUCUGCUGUCUCUGAUGGUAAACCCAUGAGCCCAUCAACGCUUUCUUCGAUUAUUCCAUCUGUCUCAUCAUCCACAACUCUGCAUGAUGAGUAUGAAGAAAUAAGUACAAGGUUUACAACUGUCGAGUCCAUUGAUGUACUCAGUGAAUCAAGUAUUCAACCUGACACAGCUUCAAAGCUCAUUGUCACAGAUCCAGAAAGUGCUGGACAAACACAUUCUAAUAUUACUGAUGAGUCAAUGAAGACAACAGCAGUUUAUACAACAAUAGGCACAAAGUCAGCUUCAGUCUCAGAAUCAUACACAUCUGAAACAAGUGAUUUGUCAAAAACUGCUGUUACGCCAGCCGUCUUACUCCGUAGCACAGCAAAACCAACAUUGGAAUCUACUGAAACAGAACAAACUUUUACCACAUCCCAUUCUCAAGCAAAAUCUGAAACUUCAUUUGACACGUCAAGCUCAGCCAUAACUGAUGGAAGGACCACAAAUCCAUAUACUAGUGGAUACCCUGAAGAAAUGUCCAGCAAACACAUGGAAUCUCCAACAGGUUCCUCGUUAAUCAGUCCAGAGACCACAACAGCAGAACAAAUUGAUAGCUUUUCAACAGAACUAAGAACUCUCCCCUCAGUUUCAUCUCUUACUGAAAAGCCAGAGAAAAGUGUUGGUGCUACUACAGAAGAUAUGGACGGUUCAGGAACUCCGAGUACAGACUUGUUCACAUCAUCUAUAACCGUUAUUGGUGCAUCGUCCAGUCUCUACAGUAUUGACACAACAACAGUAACAACAUCUCCUGAAUCAGAGUCUGCCUCUGUGAGAACAGAACAAGGUACUUCUGGUGAAAACAUCACUAAGUCUACUGAGACACCCAUCACUAAAACCACGUCUGGCUCUUCUGCUUUCAAUAUUCUGUCCGUCUCGACAUCAAGAAAAGCCGAAACAAGUGACACUUUAAAAACAGACGUUUCUUCAGCUUCAGCGCUCCAGAGCACAGAGGAACCAACAUCAAUGUCAUCUGAAACAUAUCAGACUCUUGCUACAGUGAAGUUGCAGGAAACGUCAGCAGUUCCAGAGGAAAGUUCAAAAUCUCCAAUUACAAGAGAAGAUAGGACAAGUAAACCAACAAGUGAAAUGUCUAGCAGAGACAUUGAAUCUUCAACUGGCUCAUCGUUGUUCAGCACUGAGAAGACAACAAAUGUUCUACCUAAGGAUGACGACAGUGUUCAAACAGGUCAGACAACGACACCUUCACUUUCCACAGUAACGGGCAGAACAGAAAGUUCUUCUGCCGCUUCUCCAGUAGAUAGAGACUAUACUAGAGGCCAAACCAUUGACAUGUCCACACCAGUAUCGACUGUUGCAGGGUUAUCGUCAUCUGAUAUCGUCAAUGAGACAACACGAUCGCCUGAAGCUAUGACGAUUCAAAUAGGCACAGAACCCGAAACCUCCGGAGAAGGAUCUGCUGCUUUUGCUGACAAGUCAGUUGUGACCAUUGCCACUGCAUUCCCAACAUCUGCUGUGUCUGAUGGUAAACCCAUGAACCCAUCAAUGCUUUCUUCGAUUAUUCCAUCUGUCUCAUCAUCCACAACUCUGCAUGAUGAGUUUGAAGAAAUGAGUACAAGGUUUACAACUGUCGAGUCCAUUGAUGUACUCAGUGAAUCAAGUAUUCAACCUGACGCAGCUUCAAAGCUCAUUGUCACUGAUGAGUCAAUGAAGACAACAGCAGUUUAUACAACAAUAGGCACAAAGUCAGCUUCAGUCUCAGAAUCAUACACAUCUGAAACAAGUGAUGUGUCAAAAACUGCUGUCACGCCAGCCGUCUUACUCCGCAGCACAGCAAAACCAACAUUGGAAUCUACUGAAACAGAACAAACUUUUACCACAUCCCAUUCUCAAGCAAAAUCUGAAACUUCAUUUGACACGUCAAGCUCAGCCAUAACUGAUGGAAGGACCACAAAUCCAUAUACUAGUGGAUACCCUGAAGAAAUGUCCAGCAAACACAUGGAAUCUCCAACAGGUUCCUCGUUAAUCAGUCCAGAGACCACAACAGCAGAACAAAUUGAUAGCUUUUCAACAGAACUAAGAACUCUCCCCUCAGUUUCAUCUCUUACUGAAAAGCCAGAGAAAAGUGUUGGUGCUACUACAGAAGAUAUGGACGGUUCAGGAACUCCGAGUACAGACUUGUUCACAUCAUCUAUAACCGUUAUUGGUGGAUCUUCCAGUCUCUACAGUAUUGACACAACAACAGUAACAACAUCUCCUGAAUCAGAGUCUGCCUCUGUGAGAACAGAACAAGGUACUUCUGGUGAAAACAUCACUAAGUCUACUGAGACACCCAUCACUAAAACCACGUCUGGCUCUUCUGCUUUCAAUAUUCUGUCCGUCUCGACAUCAAGAAAAGCCGAAACAAGUGACACUUCAAAAACAGACGUUUCUUCAGCUUCAUCGCUCCAGAGCACAGAGGAACCAACAUCAAUGUCAUCUGAAACAUAUCAGACUCUUGCUACAGUGAAGUUGCAGGAAACGUCAGCAGUUCCAGAGGAAAGUUCAAAAUCUCCAAUUACAAGAGAAGAUAAGACAAGUAAACCAACAAGUGAAAUGUCUAGCAGAGACAUUGCAUCUUCUACUGGCUCAUCGUUGUUCAGCACUGAGAAGACAACAAAUCUUCUACCUAAGGAUGACGACAGUGUUCAAACAGGUCAGACAACGACACCUUCACUUUCCACAGUAACAAGCAGAAAAGAAAGUUCUUCUGCCGCUUCUCCAGUAGAUAGAGACUAUACUAGAGGUCAAACCAUUGACAUGUCCACACCAGUCUCGACUGUUGCAGGGUUAUUGUCAUCUGAUAUCGUCAAUGAGACAACACGAUCGCCUGAAGCUAUGACGAUUCAAAUAGGCACAGAACCCGAAACCUCCGGAGAAGGCUCUGCUGCUUUUGCUGACAAGUCAGUUGUGACCAUUGCCACUGCAUUCCCAACAUCUGCUGUCUCUGAUGCUAAACCCAUGAGCCCAUCAACGCUUUCUUCGAUUAUUCCAUCUGUCUCAUCAUCCACAACUCUGCAUGAUGAGUAUGAAGAAAUGAGUACAAGGUUUACAACUGUCGAGUCCAUUGAUGUACUCAGUGAAUCAAGUAUUCAACCUGACGCAGCUUCAAAGCUCAUUGUCACUGAUGAGUCAAUGAAGACAACAGCAGAUUAUACAACAAUAGACACAAACCGUCUUACUCCGUAG